AUGGGUCCGCGAUCGGCGGCGCGGGCGCGAAGCGUUGGCCACGCGCUGCCAGCGUCUGCGGCGGAGCGCCAAGGGCGCUGGUGCCACGCGGACGGGGGGAAGGCGAAGUCGUCGUACUCGCUGUCCGUGUCUGGCCAGUCCAUCGGGCCGUUCUCAUCCUCGGCUUCACUGGGUCCGCGAGCGGCGGCGCGGGCGCGAAGCGUUGGCCACGCGCUGAGAGCGUCUGCGGCGGAGCGCCAAGGGGCGCUGGUGCCACGCGGGCGGCGGGAAGGCGAAGCCGUCGUGCUCGCUGUCCGUGUCUGGCCAGUCCAUCGGGCCGCGCUCGACCUCUGA